AUGAGUAUAAAUAAUAAGAGGCGCAAAGAUGGUGGAAAAGGUGGUUCAGGGUCCCAAAAUGUAGUCAUAGUUUUUAUGAAAGGUUUCAGUGUUGUUGGAAAUUCACAUAAGGAAAAUAUCAAACAAGGAAGGAUUGAAAAAUAUCCCGCAACCACAGACUUGGCCUAUUAUAGGAAUCUUGUUGCAGAUUCGGCUAGAGCAAGGUUAUUUAAAUCAACAUGGAAUCAACAUUUAAAAGUUGCAAGAGAUUUAAUCAAUAAAUUUUAUACAUUAAUUUGCAUGAGUUGCGCGUUUGAAAUUGCUGUAUUGUAUACGAUUUUGUGUAAAAUUUAUAUAGAUUUAAUAUUAUUUUUGCAACCCGAGGACAUAGAGAUAGUAUUAUCAAGCACUAAACAUACCAAAAAAAGCUACGUAUACGAUUUCCUUAAUCCCUGGCUGAGGCAAGGUCUUCUCACCAGCUUUGGACGAAAAUGGCAAUCGAGAAGAAAAAUUCUCACGCCGGCUUUCCAUUUUAAUAUUCUGCAGCAGUUUGUUCCAAUUUUCGAGGAGCAAUCUCAAAUUUUGGUGCGCAAGUUAGAGGAGCAACAUAUUGGAAAAGAAACCAAUAUAGUGCCAUUGGUGACGGAAUAUACACUACAUACAAUAUGCGAGACUGCUAUGGGACUCAAGAUUGAUCAGGAUAAUUCAGCCCAAACAUAUAAGCAAGCCGUUUGCAGACAAGGUGAAUACCUGGUAUAUCGAUCGAUUCGUCCCUGGCUAUUCAACGACAUCAUCUUUGGACUCACAAGAAUUGGACGAAAACAGAAGUCUCUUCUCGAUCAACUCCAUUCCUUCACGUGUAAAGUCAUUAAUAAACGUAAAGAAGAUUUUCUGGAAAAUAUAAAAAAAAAUCAAAACUUGUUAGAUAAUCAAGAAGAGGACAUUCCUAAAAAACGUUUAGCAAUGCUGGAUUUGCUACUUAAGGCAGAGUAUGAUGGAGCCGAUAUUAGUGAUGUUGGAAUUCGCGAGGAAGUGGAUACAUUUAUGUUUGAAGGUCAUGAUACGUCUUCUAUGGCAAUUACUUACUCACUAAUGUGUUUUGCUAAUAAUCCAGAAGUUCAGAAAAUAAUUGUAGAAGAAUUAACUGAAAUUUUCGGCGAUUCUGAUCGUUCGGCAACAACGCAAGAUUUGCAGAAAAUGCAGUAUUUGGAGAGAUGCAUCAAGGAAGUACUGCGGCUUUAUCCUUCAGUGCCACUUAUUUCCAGAUAUAACGAAGAACCAUUACAACUAAGCAAACAUUUGUUACCGGCGGGACAGACUGUGCACAUCCAUAUAUUCGAUCUCCACCGAGAUGCGACCAUUUAUCCAGAGCCGGAGCGGUUCGACCCGGAUCGCUUUUUGCCCGAGCAAUGUGCGCAGAGGCACCCCUUCGCCUAUAUACCGUUCAGUGCAGGACCAAGGAACUGUAUAGGCCAGAAGUUUGUCCUCCUUGAGAUGAAAUCCGUCUUGUCUGGUAUUCUAAGAAAGUACACCCUGAGCCCAAUUACGCGUCCACAAGAUAUAACAUUCCUUUUGGAUUUGGUGUUGAGGCCCAAAGACCCAAUUAAAGUUAAAUUCACUCUAAGAAAAUAA